AUGAUGUACUCCAACAUUCUCUCUCUGAUCUGCACUGUAUGGAUGCUUCUUAUUCCGUGUGCUGCCCGUGUUAUUGUUAGAGACACAGUUCGAGCCGUUCUAAAUGCGGCAGAGGCUCGAUCGACGCCAGUCGAUAGCGCCUUGCGGCAACUAAAUGUCCAUGAGAAAGCAUCGCCUAGCCGAGUUCGUGCUGUAGAUCGUAGGGCGAACGAACCACGAGAGACAUUCACUGGAAAUAUUUGGCAACCUACCACUCGUGCAGGCGUAGCUGCAAGGCAAUCGGUUGUUGAACGUGCUGAAGGACCCGUUGGAGGGUUUUUAUUUCAGGACGCCGUUCACGACAAGAUUGCCGAAUCUUGA